CGCUAAGUAAACGUCUGAUUGUACUCUAUAAAUUAUAAAUGAAUAAAAUGCCUAUUACGUACAUCUAUCUUUCUAUGUACAGUGAAAUACCAUAUCAGUGGAAUAGUAAUGCGCGGGCGCCGACUAUCAGUGACUGUUGACUGCGCGUAACAUGAACGCGCUUUUACCCAAACGAAGGGUAAUUGUGACAAUUGUUUUAGUGACUUUUACACUCGUGUUUACCCACUGUCUUAACAUCAACAAAAUUAAAGAUGAAAAUAUACAUGCCAAAACGAAGGUGCAGUUGACACAAUUGGACAUCGACGCAUUUUUAAACGACGUGAUACGAAUAUCAGCACCCGUCAUCAAUGAAGAAGCUCUAUACUACCUUCACAAACCGAAUGGAGACGCCAUGAAACUCGACAUCAAAUCUCCGAAACUACGAGACAUGAAAUUGGAAAGAGACGUUCACCCAAUUAUAGUACGUUACAUCAAUAAUAUAAAGCCUAUAAUCACACAGGAUGAUAAUUUCGAUAUUUUUUCUGUGUAUUCGAGAGUGCCGCCUAUAGAUUUGUUCGGUAAAAAGGCGGCUGAGUUGGAGUCUAAUGAGUUCAUGAUUGGUCCUUUAGGCGUUGAGGAUCAUGGGAACUGGGUGCUUAGUGUGUAUACUAAGGAUUUUAAUGGGGAGUGGGUUGAAAUGUUUCAAGUUAUCAGCAUUACAAUUACAGAAUACGUGCCACUAUUACCAGCCAAAUCUUACUUAAAUAUUGGUGACACAUUGAACCUUAGCAUAGCAUACCCGAUUCCUUCUUUAACAACGUGUGAGCUAGUCGUACCACGGUCGACAUUCGACAGGUUUUAUAACAGAAAUAAUAUAGAAUUAAAUAACUGCGGUUUCUCAAUACCUAACCUAACAAGUUACGAUGCCGGUACUUGGAGAAUUAUUGCAGUUGGCAACAUUGUCUACGAAGGGGAUGCCAGGUUGGAAAUUAAUAAGGAAAAUGUUACGGUAACGUAAUUUUCUUUUUUGUUAUUUUUUGUAAAUAAAUUUCGUAUUUAUUAA